AAUAAACACCUCCCUCUCUUUCCUUCUGUGAGCAUUUCAGCUUUUUGCAUUAUCGAGAGUGCUUUCUCUUUGAAGCUUGUCUCGAAACACUGGCAGUAAGCAGCAUCAAACACGCCACAGAAAACACCAAAGUCCUGAGCAUUAUUUACUGCAAAGUAAUAAAUCAUAGUUUAUGUGCAUACAUAAUAAUGCAUGGCGCCGCUGUUCCCAAAUGCAAGGACUGGCCUAUAACCCACAUGCGGCAGACUGACAUGAUUUCAGUUAUCAAAAGCAAUGACUAAUAUGAUUUGUUUUUUACCCUCAUCAUUCUGAUCUUUCCAUGCAUGUUGCAUUUAAACAUACCAACCACUCAGACCCAGAGGAGCUACAAAGAAAAGAAUUGGAUCUGCCUUAUUUAUAUGCAGACAUAGAUUUUGGUGCAGAAGCUGUUUUAUUUUUCAUGGGGAAGGCAGGAGCAAGCUCUUGGCUGACUGCAGUGAAAAGGGCUUUCAGGUCUCCAACGAAAGAAAACGAUAAGAGAAGCAGUAGCAGGAGAAGAGAAGAACACGAACAGCAGGAGGAGGAGGAAAAGAAGAGGGGAAAGCGACGAUGGAUUUUUAGGAAGCCUUUUAGUCAAGAACCAGAAGUCUCUCAGGUUUUUGAGGAGAGAACUACAACCACCAUCGCUGAUAUUACAGCAACAAGUAGUAAUGUUUCUGAGGCAGCUGAUGAUGAUCCGCAAAGACACGCCAUUGCAGUAGCCAUGGCAACUACGGCAGCUGCUCAGGCAGCCGUAGCAUCUGCUCAGGCAGCCGUGGAGGCUGUUCGGCUUGCAAAGCCGUCCAUCUUUGUCAGACGCCAUCAUGCUGCCACGACUAUUCAAGCGGCCUUCAGAGGUUAUCUGGCGAGAAGAGCACUAAGGGCACUUAAGGGGUUAGUGAAGCUGCAGGCAUUAGUGAGAGGUCAUAAUGUCCGCAAAAGAGCAAAAUUCAAUCUUCAGUGCAUGCAAGCCCUUGUUCGAGUUCAAUCACGGCUGUGUGAACAGAGAGCAAAGAGGAUUUCUAAUCACGGAAGCACUGAUUCCAGACUAAGUGAUUCCUCUAAUAUCACCUCUAGAGAUGAU